AUGUGCGACUUCGACUGUGGCGCCAUCGACUGUGGCGACUGUGGCGACAUCGAAUGUGGUGACUGUGGCGACUGCUGUGAUGAGUGCUUCGACUGUGGCGACAUCGACUGCGGCUACUGCUGCGUCUGCUUCUCUGAUGCCAUCAGCGGCAAGGCACUCCUCCGCAUCCUCUGUGGUCUCGUGAUCUUCGCCGUCCUCGCCGCCGUGGUCACGCUGCUCGUCAUCGCCCUCGUCCCCCGCCGCGUCGGCGUCAGCGUGGAGAACGCGGCCCUCGCCCGCUUCGCCCUCGCCGACAAGAACGCCACGGUCACUGCACUCGCCUACGACAUCUCCAUCACCGUGGCCGUGCACAACGGCAACUGGUUGAUGCCCGCCGAGCACACCGCGCCGUUCUACACGGAGCUGUUCUUCGAUGGCGCCCGCUUCGCCCGCGUCAGGCUGGCGACCGCAGGGGCUGUGGUCCGACCGCGGCGCAGGGAAGUGUACCACGCCAUGGCGGCGGCCGACAGCGCGAGCGUCGCGCUGGGGAGCGCAGCGGUGGCGGAGUUCGCCCGGGAGAGCACGGCGGGCCUGUUCCAGCUGGAGCUCAGGGUUCUCGGGGAAGUCAGGUACCGGCCGCACCACAAGCUGCACAGGCUGGACGCGAUCUGCCGGCUAGAGUUGGCUCUGUCAACGGCAACGUCGCCGGCGAUGUUCAAGAAGGUAAAGUGCGAUGUUCAGAAAGAUCGUGGUGGCCGAUGA